CCGAGGCCGUGGCCACUACCCGGCCUGCCCCGCGGCAAGAUGGCGGCCUGAAGACUUAGAUUAGCCUUUCCACAAUUCCUAUAGCAGCAUCUGCCCCAAUUUCAGCUGAAGACUCAGGGGCCCCAGGGACUGGAAGAAUCACAGUGCCUGCUUGGAAAGAAGAAGAGGUAGCGACUUACCCAAGCCCAACCCCAGAGCGGCUCCGGAGUUGGGCUGCUCACAACCCAAGCUGUCUGUUUAUAUGGAGUGCCUGGAGGGUGUCUGCCAUGAGUCUGUCGCUAACCGUGCUAACCCGGAGAGCUGGCUGGUUGGGGAGAAGACACUAACCCCGCCCGCCCGGAUUCCUGCGCAGGGAGUCAGCCCGACCCAGCAUGCUGCUUGUGCCCUGUGGGGACACGUUCUGCCUCACCGUCAAAGGGGUGGAGGUUGGCGGCUCGUGCCUGCUGUCACGCCCUAGCUCCCCCAGAACCCCAAGCCAGAGACCAGGCUGCCCAGAGGAGCUGUUGGCUAGAGGAAGUGGAGGGGCUGUGGGAUGCGGAGAGCCGAGGGCUAACUCCCGGACAGCGGAAAGGAGCGAGCUGCCGACAAACAGACGCAGGUCGAGGAGCCCUCACCUCCCAGAAUGACCAGUGCAGCCCCUGCUAAGAAACCCUACCGUAAGGCACCGCCCGAGCACCGGGAGCUGCGGCUGGAGGUUCCUGGAUCUCGGCUGGAGCGGGAGGAGCCCGCGACUGACGCAGAGAGGAUGAAGCUGUUAGAGCAGGAGAAUGAGGAGCUUCGCAGGCGCCUGGCCUCGGCCACCAGGCGCACCGAGGCCCUGGAGCGUGAGCUGGAAAUCGGGCAGGACUGCCUGGAGCUGGAGCUGGGCCAGAGCCGCGAGGAGCUGGACAAGUUCAAGGACAAGUUCCGCAGGCUGCAGAACAGCUACACAGCUUCACAGAGGACCAACCAGGAGCUGGAGGACAAGCUGCACACGCUGGCCUCUCUUAGCCACAGCUGGAUUUUUGCAAUCAAGAAGGCCGAGAUGGAUAGGAAGACACUGGACUGGGAGAUUGUGGAGCUGACCAACAGGCUGCUCGAUGCCAAGAACACCAUCAACAGGCUGGAGGAGCUCAACGAGCGGUACCGGCUGGACUGCAACCUGGCUGUGCAGCUACUCAAGUGUAACAAAUCCCACUUCCGUAACCACAAGUUCGCUGAUCUGCCCUGUGAGCUCCAGGACAUGGUUCAGAAACACCUGCACAGUGGUCAAGAGGCCACCAGCCCGGGCCCGGGCCCUGCCCCCAGCCUGGCACCAGGGGCUGUGGUUCCCACCUCGGUCAUUGCCCGGGUGUUAGAGAAGCCGGAGUCUCUAUUGCUCAACUCAGCCCAGUCGGGCAGUGCUGGGAGGCCCUUGGCUGAGGACGUGUUUGUGCAUGUAGACAUGAGUGGGGGCGCCCCAGGUGAUCCAGCCAGUCCCCCAGUCCCUGGCAGCCCCACCCCCCAACCCAACGGGGAGUGCCGCUCUCUGAGCACUACUGGGGGCUCCCCAGAGGAGGAGCUGCCCCUGCCAGCCUUUGAGAAGCUGAGCCCCUACCCCACCCCGUCUCCACCACACCCGCUCUAUCCUGGCCGCAAGGUGAUAGAGUUCUCUGAGGACAAGGUGCGAAUCCCCCGCAACAGCCCGCUGCCCAACUGCACCUAUGCCACCCGCCAGGCCAUUUCCCUGAGUCUGGUGGAGGAGGGGAGUGAGCAGGCACGCCCCAGCCCAGUGCCCAGCAGCCCUGCCUCAGCCCAGGCCUCACCCCAGCACCAGCCCCGCCCAGUGCCCCCUUCGCUCAGUGCCCCAGCCAGCUCCGCCAGCUCCGAGGAAGACCUGCUGGCCAGCUGGCAGCGGGCCUUUGUGGACCGCACUCCACCACCGGCCGCUGUGGCCCAGCGCACAGCCUUCGGACGGGAUGCACUCCCUGAGCUGCAGCACCAUUUUGCUCUUAGCCCCACUGACAGAGAUGAGGUGGUUCUGGCACCUUCUUCCCCACCUGGUGAGCGAGGGCUUUUGCUGCCAAUGGAACCUGACUCUGGCCUUCCCAGGGAAGAGGAAGACGAAGAGCUGAACCUGCCCCUCAGCCCCGAGGAAGAACAACAGAGCCUGCUGCCCAGUGACAGUGGCACAGAGAAAGGGCCUGGCACUUCCCACACCGAGGGCAGGGCCUGGGCCCUCCCCAGCUCCGGCCGCCCCCAGCGCAGCCCUAAGAGGAUGGGGGUGCACCACCUGCAUCGCAAGGACAGCCUGACCCAGGCCCAGGAGCAGGGCAACCUGCUCAACUAGGGCCCCUGCUUGCCUUCCCGCCACUGCUGCACUGGGACUGCAAGGAGGCCCUACCCUUGCAGCUCAGGGUCCCCUCCUCCGCCAGGCUCUUGACUAGCCCCCCUUCAGGCCUGCACAGCUCUGUUCCUGUGCAGGGAGGGUCAGGCGGGCCACACCAGGCCCUUCCGCUGCAUUGACUGUGACUGGCACCAGCUUGCCUCAUGAUUUCCCCCCUUUUCUUGUGGAAUAUUUAUUCUCCAAAGGUAACAUGCAGCCAGGGCUCAAGACCUUUCUUCAGCUCAGCCCAGUCCAAAUCGGGCUGUUCUAGGGAGCUGAGGGGUUUAUCACAUCAGUGUUCCUCCUCCAUCCUCCUUUCAUAUCCAUGAGUGUUUUUUUGUUUUUUUGGGGGGGGAUCAUUGGGAUUAUUAACUUCUAAUUUCUAUUUUUUUAUUAACCUUUCUGUUUUCCGCCUGUAUCCCUCUCCCCCCAGAUCCUCUGCACAAGCUGUUGCCUUCAGGGGGCCUGGCACAGUGGGCCUUCGGGGGUGAGGGAGGGGCUGACUCAGGGCUCUCCUCAGCUAUUUCCUUCCUCCUUCAGGAAGGGAGUAGAGAGUGGGACUCAGGGGCCUCAAGGCUGGGCUCUAGGUGAGGCCUGCCCCCCUCCCAACCUUGACUCUAGACUGUUACUCCCAGCUUUGGGAAAUUUUCACAUCGAUGACUUUUAAAAUUAAAUAAAACUAUUUUACUGCUAUG